AGUGGUGCUUCCGGUUUUAUUUACCCAGGCCAACUCUUAUCCAACCAUCGUCACCGUUGUCCGCAACACUGAGGCAAGCUGGGGAUCGGCGCGAGAGCAACGAUUGACCAGGAUAUAGAGAUCCGAUUCUGGUUCGAUAAUACCCUCGAUAUGUGCGAUGCCUUUCACAUGUUUACUGGCGAUAUGUACAAGGAUUACAAAGCUCGCUCUUCCCAACAGACUAUGAUAAUCGUUGGGUUGUUGGUGGUUGUGGUUGUGGUUCUCGUGGUUGCGGCCGUCCUUUUUUGGAUGUCACUACACCACACCAAGGUUGAAGGCAGAAAAUGGUUGAAAGUACUAAAGGGGAUUCCGCGUUCUCAUUUGCGCCAUCUUACAAUGGACCUUGAGGAAGAGAUCGAAGAGCUUUUCGAACUCGAGGGCUUGGAAGAUCGGGCGCAGACGGCGGCCACAAGGCAUAUGGAAACUCGUUUGUCCCAUUGGCUGCUUCAAAGAUACGCAUCCGGAUAUGUAGUCUCAAUCUUUGGAUUGGCCGCAUUGGCUGUGUGUCUGUUCGCUCCGCCAUUGCUGUCGAGCUCGCAGAUGGAUGAGACGGCAACCUUGAUUCUCGCUAGUAACCCGCGAAGAUUUUACGGACAAGUAAGAUUUUUGUGUAGCAUUUCCAUCAGCCCCGCAAAGCAAUAACUGAAUACAUUUCUGCAGUCCAUCAAUUACCUAAGCCAGGUACCUCACUCUCUACUCCUGAUCCAGUCUUCAGAUGUUGACGCUUUGACGUAAUGCCCCAAUAGGAACUUGCAGCAAGCGACGCCAACACGUGGACGCCUUGGAAGUGAGAGCAUUCGUCCCAAUGCAGUCUUCUCGCGUUCUUUACUUGACUGCAUUUGAUUCACGUAGGGCACAAAUCGAAGUUGAGAAACGGAUU